CGCAUGCCAUUGAUUCCCCGAACCGACCGGUCAAAAGGGGGAACGUGUGGGACAAGGCGACAGCCAAACGAUAGCAGACCGAAAGCCCGCAGAUAUCGCUUAAGCAUAUUGAAAUUGGAUAAUCGCAUACAAAUUUCAAGAGUAGGACGGACCAGCUAACCCAAAAUGUAUUGGCGAACAGUGGCAAUGACGAGUGGUAUCACUUUUAUGGGUACACUAAAUGUCUUGGAGAGGCCCGCUGAAGAUAACAUGUUGGUGGCGCGCGGCAAUACCAUGGUAGAGACGGGUCAUAUUUGGGUCAGGUCACCAGGGGGUCUCAUCACAGUAAAUCAUAAGCGAGCUCGCAGCCCUCCAUAUCCGCUACGCAGUGACACUUUGCACUUCGUUGUGGUCUUCCCUGGUGAUCGUACGUCAGAGAAAUUGGAUCGAAUCUGCACGAAUGGCAGGUCUUCAAGCCGGGGAAAUUGUUUCACGCCUGCCAAGGGCGACCAAUCCGAGCUAGGCAGCAGGAUUCUCCUGCGCCAUUGUUGGGUCAAGCUUUGCUAGUGCCAGCGCUAGUACAGACUAACCAGCGCCAUCCCAGGGGUAUUGCGCGUCCCCGUCAUUUGUUAUCAGAAAGCGGUGAUCAAUAUUUAAUUCUAAACAGCGGCGUAGGAGAUGGACUG